CAUUGCACUGUACAAAUAUGCCGAUAAAAUACUGUAUAUGGGAAUACAUUGAAAUACAUGUGAUCUCAGUCUAAGUUUAAUGUGAAAAUAUGAGGUGGAUUAUUUGACUCAGGGAUUAGCAAGUAUAAUAACAAACGUGUGUGGAUAUACUGUACGCAUACAUACUGUACAUAUACUUCUCAUGCAUGUCAGCAAGAACGGAGCUAAAGCACAUUUGUUGGCAGGCCGUGCCAAGUCCAAACUAGCGAAGACGUCCACCUUUCACAGCCACAACCAACCCCAGAAGAACAGCAGUCGGUGGAGGAGAUUCUCGGAGGAGAAUUCCGGAGAUGAAGCUGAAGAGAGAUGAGGUCCACCAGAGACACGUCAUGACUUUCCUCAAUGACAGCGGCAGCCCCCCUUCCUGCGGCGGCACGCGGUCGCCGUCCUCGCCAUCGUACAACUUCUACGCUGUGCUGCUGGUGCUGCUCAUCUUCUGCGUGGUGUUUGGGAAUGUGCUGGUGUGCGUGGCGGUGUCCCGGGAGCGCACCCUGCAGACCACCACCAACUACCUCAUUGUGUCGCUGGCCGUGUCCGACCUGCUGCUCGCCACCCUGGUCAUGCCCUGGGGGGUCUACCUGGAGGUGGUGGGCGAGUGGCGCUUCAGUCUCAUCCACUGCGACAUCCUUCUGACGCUGGACGUGAUGAUGUGCACCGCCAGCAUCCUCAACCUGUGUGCCAUCAGCAUCGACAGGUACACAGCAGUGGCCAUGCCGAUGCUGUACAGCACCCGGUACAGUUCUAGGAGGAGGGUGGUGGUGAUGAUCGCGGCGGUGUGGUUCCUCUCCUUUGCCAUCUCCUGCCCGCUGCUCUUUGGACUCAACAACACGGGUAAACCGGGCCGUGAAGGCACCACGUGCAGCUUUGCCGACCCGGCCUUUGUGGUGUACUCGUCUGUUGCGUCCUUCUACGUGCCCUUCAUCGUCACGCUGCUGGUUUACGUGCAGAUCUGCGUGGUACUGCGCAAACGGGGAAGACGCACGGCGCCACUGUGCAGGCACGGCAUCCAUGGGCAGGGCAGGGCCGAGGCGGCGCACCUCGCCCGGGGCCGCAGGAAGAAUAGAUGCACGCAGCCUGAAGACAUCAAGCUGUGCACGCUCAUCCUGAGGCCCUCCACCCCUGACCCCCAGCCCAAGCCAACGACUCUGGUCAAGGAGGAGGUGGUGCAUCCCCUUGAUGUGGAGCCGGGUCGCUUCCUGCCACAAAGCGAGCGGACUUUGGCCCCGCCCCCAACCCCCCAAACCUCCUCGCACCCCGGUCGGGCCAAGAUUUUGCUGUCCGACUCGGUGGGGCCCGCCCAGGCCCUCCCUUUCACUGUGACGCGCUCGGCCCUGACGCCCCGUCCCCCGACCGUGGAGGCUGGCAUGAGGGGCCGCAAGUGUUGGCGGGACCACAGCGGGGGCCGGGACAGGUGGGGGGCCGCCAAGGAGAAGGCGAGGGGUAGGAUGUCUCAGCAGAAGGAGAGGAAGGCCACGCAGAUGCUUGCCAUUGUGCUCGGUGUCUUCAUCAUCUGCUGGCUGCCCUUCUUCCUGACCCACGUGCUGAGAGCUCACUGCAGCAGCUGCUGCAUCUCGCCGUCGCUCUACAGUGCCGUCACCUGGCUGGGCUACCUGAACAGCGCCGUCAACCCCGUCAUCUACACCACCUUCAAUAUCGAGUUCCGCAAAGCCUUCAUCAAGAUCCUCCUCUGCUGAGGACACGCAGGGGAAUCUGACGGGCGGGGGAAAACCUCCGCCAUGAGCUCACUGACGGCCACGGAAUCAGUCGGCAUAUCGCUUGCUGAUUGGUUGAUUAGCACGGACACUUCAUUAGGUCUUCAUUGGGCCAACAAGAUCCAAUCCAACAGCGACCCCUGCUGGCACAAUUAAGCCACUGGCUACAAUCAGAUAUGCAGACUUCAUCAAAAGGUGUCAAAGCUCCAUUCAAAGAUCUCGGCAGGAUGCGGUAGAGUUGCACACGUCCUGUCCUGCAGAAUCCACUCUGACAUUGAAACAUCACCCCUGUUGCCUUUGUAAACUCGGAAUGUUGCACGGCAUCCCUUUUCCAUGGUGCACUUGCACCCCAUGUCCUCUGGAAUGCCUCUGGAAUGGAAUGUGUGGACAUUGUACCUUCUUGCAUGGCUUUUCCAUAAGAUCAUUCUUUGCAGACUCCAAAUCAGGACCGGGACCUCCAUUUUCCAUCACUCAUUUAGUCCCACCCACUUUGUUUGGAUUUAUUGUAAUGAUUUUUUAUUUCAGUCACUUAGAUUGAUUGUUUAUGCUUUCGUGUAGAUAGAUAGAUAGAUAGAUAGAUAGAUAGAUAGAUAGAUAGAUAGAUAGACUCCCUUUAUUGUCAUUGCACAAAAACACAGUAGUGAAAUUGCCAACGAAAUGUCGUUGCCUGGCUCCCAUAUAAUAACAGACACAAAAGAAGAUAAGUAAUAAUAAUAAUAAUGUGGAGAAUAAAUAGAUAGAAUAGAUUGAUUUAUACUUUAAUUGAAGCAAAUGUAGUUUUUUAGACAUUGCCAAUGUCAUCAUCGAGACACGUCCAAGGAGCAUGAGGAAGAACAUAACUGCAUGCAUAGAAAUAAUGCAUACCGUUAAAUAAAAUGUCAAAUGACACGAAACACGAAUGAAUAUAAAUCAUACAAGAAUGAUUAGGUUAGCCAAGGUCCGUAAUACAUACAACUAGUAAAUGAGUUCAAACGAAAAGAAGUUCAUUUGGUUUUUAUGUGACUCCUUUUCUUCUGCGUAAUCUGCUAAAGGUUGAAUCGAAGCAACUGGACUCCUUUUGUGUAAUGAUGUCCUCCAGAUGAACCGAGACCAGCAUUUAACAAACACUGGCACCACUGUGUCUGGAAAUAAACGUGGACUUUGGAGCUUCAAUAAAAACUAUGUUUAUUAUCACUGUGGUUAUAUAUAUUUUAUCAGUGUUCGUCAUGAUAUGUGUUAUGGCUUAAAUUGCUAUUGUUCCUAUUCAUAUGACCCUGGCUUCUUCGAAUAAAUCGGAAUA